CUGCGUGUGUGGGUUGGUUCGAGAUGAGGAGGAACCAGCGCGCGGAGAAUCGCCGGGCCAUGACCGAUGGAAGCCUCAUGUGCGUGAGGCCAUCGAUGCGGUGGUGUUCUAGUCACCGCUGUCUACCACCAAAGCCACCGCCGCCUCCUCCUCUUUUUCCUCCCGCCUCCCUCUUUGUUCCUCCCUCCUUUUUUUUUACUCCUCCUUCUCCCGCUCACGGGGUAGUAAGUUUGCUAACCUUCAUCUAGGCCAGUAGGUAACCCACAUCAAAGCUCAUCCAUAUAGGAGACGCAGCCAAUGCGCCAAGACAGUCAGUCUUCCACUCAGCUCUGAACGGAGCACACAUUGCAACGGGCGCUACUCCCGAUUCGAAUGUGCUGUGACUGUUGAACGUCAUCCUCCAUCAGAUCGGCGGCACGAGUUGCGUGAAGUUGCAAAAUGGUGUCCACUGCGUGGUCCGUUGUGGUUCUAGUUGCAAUUCUUCUUCAGCUCACCUGGUCCUCACCUGUGCCGGACGAGAACCAUCCACUGUUGCGCAAUAAGCGCCAGGUACGCAACGGCAUCCGGUGUAUGAACAAUGGCAAAUUCUACCGAAAUCCAGAUCGGGAAAAGGCGAAAAUGUGGUCGACGGGUGAAUGCGCAAAGUACUACCUUUGCAUAGAAAACGAAGUAUUUGAAUUCAAGUGCUCGACGGGUUUGCUGUUCGAUAUCGUCCGGCAAAUUUGCGAUUUUAAGGCGAAAGUCGACAAUUGCGACGUCAACACAGAAGCCGCCUUGCCUAAACCACUUCUCAACACUCCGGAACCCAUCUGCCCGGUCAAUGAGCUGGCCUGCGCUGACGGGACUUGUCUGAACAGCGACCUAUUUUGCGACGGACAUGCCGACUGCGUGGAUGGUAGCGACGAAGGAUGGUGCGACGCGGACAAUGAUCCGAAUGCGGCCGGGCGCUGCGACUACGCCAACUGCACUUUGCCCAACUGCUUCUGCAGUGUCGACGGAACACUCAUUCCAGGCAAUCUCGAAGCCAAUCAAGUCCCGCAAAUGGUCACCAUCACGUUCGACGACGCGGUUAACGGCGAGAACUGGGAUUUAUAUCUCAACAAACUUUUCAUCCCCGAGCGUAAAAAUCCUAACGGCUGUCCCAUCCACGCCACGUUCUACAUCAGUCACGAAUACAACAACUACCAGCAUGUUCAGAAAUUGUGGAACGCCGGACACGAAAUUGCAGCCCACUCGAUUACUCACCGACAACCAGAGAAUUGGUGGUCGACCAACGCCACUAUUGAGGACUGGUUUGAUGAGAUGGUCGGCCAGGCCAACAUCAUCAACCGAUUCGCUGGAGUUCACAUGGAGGAUAUCCGCGGAAUCCGCGUUCCAUUUUUGCGAGUCGGCUGGAACCGCCAGUUUCUCAUGAUGAAAGAAUUUGGCUUCGUGUACGACGCCAGUAUGGCGGCUCCUCUCAGCGAUCCGCCCCUGUGGCCCUACACGCUCGACUACAAGAUGCCGCACGGCUGUGUCGGCACCGGACAGCGCUGCCCCAGCCGCAGUUUUCCGGGUAUUUGGGAAAUGGUCCUCAACCAAUUGGAAGUCGAGGAGUACUCGUGCGCUAUGGUGGAUUCUUGUCCGUCUCACGGGUCGGAAGAUGAAGUCUACGAAAUGCUGAUGCACAAUUUCAAGCGCCAUUACAACACGAACCGCGCUCCUUUCGGUCUCUACUUCCACACGAUUUGGUUCAAAAAGCGAAUUAACUUGCGCGCCUUCCAGCGAUUCCUCGAGGAAAUGAUCCGCAUGCCGGAUGUCUGGGUCGUUAAUAAUUGGGAGGCCAUCCAGUGGAUGCAGAGGCCGACGCCAAUCAACGCGCUGAGUCAAUUCGAUCCCUGGAAAUGCAAGCCAACGGUCCCGCCUGAAGACAAAGCCUGCAACAUUGGCCGUGCCUGCAAAUUGCAAUCGCGUGCGCUAAGAGGCGAUCGCUAUCUCCACACUUGCACCGAAUGCCCCCAAGUUUACCCUUGGAUCAAGAACGAAUUCGGUUUGGAUAUUUAAGCGACGACUCUGCGAAUCGUUCCUUUGGUAUCCUUGUCCAGCAAACUUGCUCCUACGCGGCAGUUUGCAAAUUAUUUCUUUUCCUUCCAUAGUCAUUAAUGAAACCAUUUUAUUAAAUUUUUUUUUGGGAGCGACGGGUGAUUGAUAACCCCCCCACAAGUCAUCAGACCAUCUAUUCCUCCCACGAUUAUUCAUAUCCAUCCUUUUUAUCAAAAUCGCCAGUAUUUAUUUACGGACGGUGCAGGUUCGCCGAUCCAGUCCUAUUCAACAAGAUUUGAUUUCCUAUUUUCUUCUCCGUUGACAGAGCGCCGAGGUUUUCUCAUGGCACGUUGAUUGACACGUUCCAGUACUUUUCGUGCGCGAUCGUUGACGGAUCAAUGACAUUUUUCCCAAAAAAACAAACUGACUAAGAGACAUUUAUUUAUUACUCUCGACGUAUGACUAGACUCGACUCGACUGUUUUGACUGUUUGACGAAUUUUAAACUUUUUCUUGGUUUUCCAGUUUUACCCACAUACCCCCCACUGUAUUUACUGCCAUUUGACUAACCGACUGGCUUUGCGUUUAUCCCAAUUGACUUUACGAUUGAAGGGAAGACAUCAUCGUUGCUUGUUUAAAAAUUUCCCUUCUCCGUUUUCCAGAGGAGAGUGGGCUUGCAGCAUGACUGGGUUGGCACUUCCUUCUCUUUCUCAAGCGAGACUUGGUUUUAUUUUUGUUUUCAUUUCUGAAUUUCAUUCGGGUGAAACGAGGAUAACUUUGUUAUUUGACCAUGAGAACUCGACCGAAAGACUUUUGACGUUUUGGGCGUGACGAAGCGACGCUUUUAAUUCAUGACAUUUUGACUGAGAACCGAAUCUAAAAUGGAACACUGACCGACAGUUCAUUCCCCCUACAACAACACAAUGUGUCCGGAUCACGGGGAUGUUUGACUAUCUGACAAUUGACUUGACGCUCGCCGUGACGUUUCACUCUUUUCACUGGUACCUGACGGAAUACUCUACGCUGGCCGUUUUUCUUCAUUCAAAACGACGACGCAAACAAAUAUUCGUGACUAUUAAAAAAAGACUGACUUUGACGACACCGAAACCCACCCAAACAUUCCCGACUAAUAACGUGACUGACUGACUGACUGACUUAUAAUCUUGACUGGACAUACUCUGAACGAAACUGGGUGACAGGUUCCUAAUUUUCAGACGAUCUUUUACUUGGACCAAAAGACCUUUGACUGACUUACCAAGACGUGACUGUGACUAUCUAGACUGACGACUUUGCGACCCUUUUGACUGAAAAAUAAACGCGACCGAUCGUAUAACUCUGACCGGAUGACUAGCGAGUUGUAACAUCUCGACGAUGCGACUCUUUCGGAACGACACCCACCGCUUGUCUGCUUCACAUGUUUUAUUGACUUUGACUUGACUUGCACUUCUAAAUGAAUUAAGACAAAAAAAAAACCAUGACAAAAAAACAAACAAAAAAAAAAAGACUGUGACAAAUAUCUCCAUCGUAUAUAUUGACGUUUGAAUACAAAUAUUUACUUUCCCCCCAUCAAUUUUGGACUUACGAAUGACUUUCGACUUACGACGCGACUCAAACUUAACUUAUCACGAGAUUUCUGGAUGUUUUUCGACUUGUUUGACGUGAAGAUCUAGGCCAAGACGGAGGUGAACUACAUGAUAAUGCUGAGACCGGGGGCCAUCAAAUUUACCGUAACCCGACGCCCGACUUGCCUCAAAGGCACUAACCCAGACUUGGAGAACAAUUUACAAA